AUGGGUGGUCUGAGUGAUCCGUUACAGAGGUCGUUCUAUGAAGUUCGCGUAUGGGAAAUUGGUGCUGCGGUUUGUAUUGUGCAACAACGUUCGACAAAGAAAUAUUUCGCGCUUAAAUAUAUGAGCAAACGAAGGUGCAUUGAAAAGGGUGUCGCCUUCAACGUACUUCGUGAGCUUAGUUUUCUUCGAAAAAUCUCUCAUCCGUUCAUCGUCAAUCUUUGGUACACUUUUCAGGACCGUGACUACAUGUACAUGGUGACGGACCUUCUACUUGGCGGCGAUCUCAGAUUUCAUUUGAAUCAGCAGGGAAAAUUCGCGGAAGACAGGUCAAAACUGUAUAUGUGCGAGAUUUCGUUAGCGGUUGAAUAUUUGCAUGCGAACGGAAUCAUGCACCGCGAUAUCAAGCCGGAGAACGUUCUGCUCGAUGAACAAGGUCAUGCUCACUUGACGGACCUCAACUUGGCCACUCAGUUAGAACCGAAUGAACUUGCCACUUCAUAUUCAGGUACUCGCCCAUAUAUGGCUCCAGAGAUUUAUGCAUGCGCUUUGGGACUAGUCAGUGGCUAUGAUUUCAAGGUAGAUUGGUGGUCGUUAGGUGUCACGUUCUAUGAAAUGAUGAGAGGUCGAACACCAUACGAAUUUGGUCCUCAUUUUAAGCCUGAACAGGUGCUGCUACUGAUCCGUGAGAGCUAUAUACCAUUUCCGGCGCACUGGCCGAACGACCUACUCAGCUUUUUGCGUCUGUUGCUCUCUCCAUCACCUGAAAGUCGAAUCGACUCGCUGGCUGCUCUGAAACGACAUCCAUAUAUGGCUCGAAUCGACUUCUCCACUGUGUUAGCCAGUUGUUUUGAUAGACGUGCUGCACCAGUGUUUGUGCCUUGCAAAGAGGGAUUGAAUUGCGAUCCGAUGUAUGAGCUGGAAGAACGGAUCAUCGUCUCCACACCUAUACAUCGUCGACGACAUGUUAAAAAACAAUGCGAAGAUAGCGAAGAGCUCAGAGAAAUCUCGCGGGUACGUCUGAAGAGUUUUGUAGAGGCAAGUCUAAAUAAAUACAUACGACACUCACUGUCUGUUCAUUUGACGGUGAUCGACAAUAGUGGCGCUGUGACUAGUGAAGAAUAG